AUGCUGAGUGUGUUUCACAGGGAUCCAGGUCCAAAGGAGCCGCUGGACGCCAUCUUGAGGCGUCUGCAGGAGGACGUGGUGACUUUUGUCAAAGAGCAGCUGCAGAGGAUCCAAAGGCUCCUGGCCUCAGAUUACCCAGAAUGCUCUGAGAGUGAGGAGGAGAGCAGAGAGGUUCUGAAGAUCGCCCUGGACUUCCUGAGGAGGAUGAAGCAGGAUGAGCUGGUCCAGCGCCUGCAGAGCAGAAGCACUGUUGGAGUUUGUAGAGAUGAACUGAAGAAGCAGCUGCAGCAUAAGUCCAGCCGUGUGUUUGAGGGCGUGGCUAAAGCAGGAGACUCCGCCCCCCUGACCCAGAUCUACACAGAGCUCUACAUCACAGAGGGCGAGGCCUCAGAGGUCAACCAGGAACAUGAGACCUUCUACAGCUCUGGACAGAACCUGCUGACGACACCACAGUCCUCUGAGAACCUGCUGAAGACACCACAGUCCUCUGAGAACCUGCUGAAGACACCACAGUCCUCUGAGAACCUGCUGAAGACACCACAGUCCUCUGAGAACCUGCUGAAGACACCACAGUCCUCUGAGAACCUGCUGAAGACACCACAGUCCUCUGAGUCUGAGGGAACCUUCUACCGCUGUGCUGUGGACCAGGCCUUACAGAGUCCAAACGGACACCUGGACCUGUUCCUGCGCUUCCUCCUGGGGCUGUCUCUGCCGACCAAUCAGAAGCUGCUGUCAGACUCAGACCUGCAGGACUUUGACCUGAGGAAAUACCGGGCCUCAGAGACAGCUCUCCUGGGUCUGCUGCCGGUGGUCAGAGCCUCCACCAAAGCCCUGUUGAGGGAGUGUGGACUGUCCCCUCACAGCUGUGGUCCUCUGGCCUCAGUCCUCAGCUCCUCCAGUCUCACACACCUGGAUCUGAGUAACAACGACCUCCAGGACUCAGGAGUGGAGCUGCUGUGUUCUGGACUGAAGAGCGCCCCCUGUGGACUGCACACUCUCAGGCUGUCUGGAUGUCUGAUCUCAGAGAGGGGCGGGGCUGCUCUGGCCUCAGCUCUAAGCCCCGCCCCCUCCCAUCUGAGAGAGUUGGACCUGAGCUACAACCAUCCAGGAGGUCGAGUGUCUGUGUUCCUGGACUCUGAGGCUGGAUCUCUGUCCUUCUAUGAGGUCGUCUCUGAUGGAGAACUGUUCCACCUCGGCACCUUCACCUCCUCCUUCUCUGAGCCUGUGUUUCCUGGGUUUAGACUGGAGCAUGAAGGUUCCUCUGUGUCUGUGGUGGAUCUGAGGAGAGCGCCCCCUGCUGGACUGAGGUCUGAAGGUUCCUCUGUGUCUGUGGUGGAUCUGAGGAGAGCGCCCCCUGCUGGACUGAGGCAUGAAGGUUCCUCUGUGUCUGUGGUGGAUCUGAGGAGAGCGCCCCCUGCUGGACUGAGGUCUGAAGGUUCCUCUGUGUCUGUGGUGGAUCUGAGGAGAGCGCCCCCUGCUGGACAAUACAAUACUUCUUCUUAA